AUGUUUAAAAACCCUAACCCGCUCCCCGAUCUCGGAACCCCCUCCCGGUGGCGUCAGGCAUAUAGAAAUUGGAAGUAUGCACUUUCGCAGUUGCAAGGCAUAAUCAAACAAUUUCAGAAAUCAAACAGACCUCUCGAGACAUGCCCCUCAGCCAUGUCUCGCCUCAAGGUUGCUGUGUUAGAUGAUUACCUGGACUCUUCGAGUUCCUAUUUUGGGAAGCUCGACAGCUCUAUCUUUGAGGUGACAACAUUCAAAGAUACAUUGCCCCCUUACAGCGGCCCAGAAACACCAGCUGAGGCCAAAGAUGAGCUUGCCAGGCGUCUUGAGCCGUUCUCUGUCAUUUGCACUAUGCGGGAGCGUACACCAUUCCCAGCUGAGCUUAUCAACCGCCUUCCAAACCUGAAGCUCCUCCUAACCACUGGCGUCCGCAACGCCUCGCUCGAUCUGACAGCCUUACGCCAGCGCGGGAUCCCUGUGGCCGGCGCCAAGGACAAGAAGCGCGGCAAGCAUGACAGCAACGCCAUUACCACAGGGACGGACUCAACGACGGAGCAUUGUGUCGCCAUGAUCAUGGGUCUCGCGCGCGGUCUAGUCAGGGACCACAACGCCGUGCAGGCUGGUCUCUGGCAGACGGGCUACGCCGUCGGCCUAUCGGGGAAGACGUUCGCGACGCUGGGGCUGGGGAGGCUGGGAACUGCUGUGUCGCGGAUCAUGAACACUGCCUUUGGAAUGCGCGUUAUCGCCUGGAGCGAGAAUUUAACGCAGGAAAAAGCUGACGAGCAAGCCAAGGGGGCCGGCUUGGCGGUUGAGAAUGGGGAUGGGAAAAAGACCUUUGAGGUUGUUAGCCGGGAAGAGCUUUUCCGGACUGCAGAUGUGCUCAGCAUUCACCUUGUCUUAUCGCAGAGGACAAGGGGGCUGGUUACGGAGAAGGAUUUGUCGUUGAUGAAGCGUAGCGCCAUGCUGGUCAACACUUCAAGGGCAGGAUUGGUCGUGACACAAGAUCUGCUCAAAGUUUUGGAGAAUGGCGCAAUCCGCGGUGCUGCGAUAGACGUCUUUGAUCUUGAGCCUCUACCGACAGGAGAUGUUUGGAGGACAACCAAAUGGGGUGAAGAUGGGCGCAGUCAAGUUUUGCUUACUCCUCACAUGGGAUAUGUCGAGGAACAAACUCUGCGAGACUGGUAUGAGAUGCAGGUUGAGAAUAUUUUGAGAUGGCACAACGGAGAGGAGCUGCUCAUGCCUCUAUGA